AUGGCCAGCUCUGGUAUCUACGAGGAUGAAGACCUUACCGAUGUAUCGGACCAAGAGUCGUUGUACGCAGAAUCGCCAAUCGCGGAGUCGCCUUCGGAUGGGUACUUUGAGCAACGCGAUCACCCACAAGAGACGUUUGUCGAGCAGUCUGCUGUACGAGCAGAGACUGAAGCCAAAGCACGAGAAGCAACGCAGAGCACAAUGAGCCAACGAGUGUCGGAGAUUAUCUCGCCACGCCAAUCUCUAUACUCGCCUGUACAGGCUGAUGAAUCGACGCCAUUAUUGGACGCAGGACCAGCGCCUCCGGAUUACGCUGCCGCCACAGCUGGACGGAGCCGCGAUGGUCCAAUGGCUAGCAGCCCGCCAAUAAGUCCUAGCAGAGACAGAAACGAACGUUCGUCUCGGCAAACCUCGUCUGGAUACGGCAGCUUUAGUUACCCGCCGUACAGCGACAACGGCAGUGCACAGGAGGGCGGUGCUCAAUGGCCAUUCGGGCCGCGAGGUAGCCCUUUUGGCUCUCAAUUUCCGUUCGGACCUGAAGGCACUCCAUUCAACCCAGGCUUUCCGUUUGGCACAGUACAAGCGCCGCAGAGUAUGGGAGGCGGUCCUUCCCAAGUGCCCGACCACAUCUCAAGUCCCGAGUCUGCACGAAGAGAGCAGUCGAAAUACAGGCGGCAACGGUGGCGGCGGGCUUAUUCUUGUGGGAGAUCUAUUAUCUUGGCAGUCAUUCUGGUUGGACUAGCUAUACUAGCUGUGAUUGCAGUUGGCGCAAGACUGGCACGGCAAGCAGCAAGACAAAACACACCAGCAAGUGGCGGUGGAGGAAGUGGCGGUGGAGGUGAUGGCCGCAACAGCAGCGACGGGAUCGGCUCGCCAGAUAACACUGAGCCAUUCCACCCCGCGCCGGCUCAUCCUCCGAGCGACGUCUGCGCUAUUCGGUAUAUCACAGAGGCUCUCUUCUUCGAUUUUGCCAAUCCAGACAGUUUCACACUCCUGGAAGCUAUGGACUCGGUUCUCUAUAUGACUGGUGGAGUCAGUGGGACUACACAUAUCUCCGCAGCACCUCCAGAUCAGGAGACUGCUAUCAGAGUCUGGGUGUCUUAUGGUAUGAGUGAAGACGGAUGGGAGGCAACAGACAUGGAUCACACCAAAGCUGAGGAUGGCUUGGAGCUCAGCUUCCCGAAAUCGAACGGUCAGAGACACAGGGGUACGUGGGCGCGCAACCCAUGCAUGACUGUCUCGAUCAACAUCUAUAUCAAAGGGCAUGUCAACCUCGACACGUUCGCCGUGCUCACGAAGAAUCUCAUCAUUGAAGCUGGACAGGGUCCACCUGGUCUCCCAGAUUAUGAUCUUGUUUCAGAAACAUGGAUCAUCGACAAAGCCAGAUUCACAACCACGGCUGGAAGUGUAUACAUGCCGUAUUGGUCCACACGUGAAACUCGUAUUGAGACUCACAGCGGCGAAGUCAAAGGCGAGUACGCACUGCAAGAUCUCCUCUCCAUCAAGACAUGGUCUGGUCGUAUCGGCAUUCGAGUCUCCGGUCUUGAAGAGGGGCCCGGAACGCCAAAGCCGGCCGUCCUCGACGUCUACUCUCGGAGCGCUAGUGUGCGUGUCGACUUCCCUACAGUCGGUGAGCAGCCAUGGCGAGACUACCAGACCAGUAUAGAGACCCACUCCGGCUCUAUCAAUGGCAAGUACUUCUUCACAAGUAAAUUCGAAGUCUCCUCAUGGUCUGGAUCCAUCAACGCUGAUCUACAGCCCUUCCCUACACGCCUAACACCUUAUCUUUCCUCGAACGUGAACUCGGCUUCUACGAAUCUCAAGAUCCUGCCCUAUCUGAACGAUACUAGUGCUACUAUAAGCAACCUGGUGUCGAAUCACAAGUCACGAUCUGGAUCAUUGGAUCUCCAAUACCCAAAGGUAUGGGAGGGCAUGAUCGAUGGUACGACGAGUAGUGGUAGUAUCAAUAUUGGAGGCGAAGGUGUUGAAUAUUACUAUCAAGGCGAUCGCAAGGUCGUGGCACAUAAAGGCUAUGGGAGAUCGAAGCUUGAGUUCACUGGGCAAAGUUCCUCGGUCAACAUCAGGAUUGGUGACCGAUGA